CAACGGAGCCGUAUUUCUCCCCUGCUCUCCCUCCCCACGGUUAUUUCCUUCACACCUAGCCGCCCCGGAACCGCCCGUACCCAGGAUUUCCACCGCAGAUCACUCGCUCGCCUCCCCUCCCCUCUCCUCCCCUCCCAACCGUGGCUGUAACAAAUCCCAGCCCGUUCCUUCCUCCACACCACACCACACUAGCUGCUAGCUAGAAGCCUUGGCAGUUGAGUUAGGUGCUGUGCCGCUGCGUUUGUUGGUGUGGAAGCUAGCUGCUAGCUAGCCAGGGGAAGAAGAAGAAGAUCUGAUCGAUGAGGUCCAUGGGCAGCCCGGACUCAUCCUCCGGCUCGGCGCAAAAACCACCGCGGCAUCAGCAUCAGCAUCAGCCGCCGCCUCCGCGGCGGCAGGGCUCGGCGCCGGAGCUCCCUCCCGGCUUCCGGUUCCACCCGACGGACGAGGAGCUGGUCGUGCACUACCUCAAGAAGAAGGCCGCCAAGGCGCCGCUCCCCGUCACCAUCAUCGCCGAGGUGGACCUCUACAAGUUCGACCCAUGGGAGCUCCCCGAGAAGGCGACCUUCGGGGAGCACGAGUGGUACUUCUUCAGCCCGCGCGACCGCAAGUACGCCAACGGCGCGCGGCCGAACCGGGCGGCGACGUCGGGCUACUGGAAGGCCACCGGCACGGACAAGCCUAUCCUGGCCUCGGCCACCGGGUGCGGCCGGGAGAAGGUCGGCGUCAAGAAGGCGCUCGUCUUCUACCGCGGGAAGCCGCCCAGGGGCCUCAAGACCAACUGGAUCAUGCAUGAGUACCGCCUCACCGGAGCCUCUGCUGGCUCCACCACCACCAGCCGGCCGCCGCCGGUGACCGGCGGGAGCAGGGCCCCGGCCUCUCUCAGGUUGAUGAAGUUAAUUAUUGUACGCCGUCUCAUCGAUCAGUUGGACGACUGGGUGCUGUGCCGCAUCUACAAGAAGACCAGCAAGGCCGCGGCCGCGGUCGGAGAUGAGCAGAGGAGCAUGGAGUGCGAGGACUCCGUGGAGGACGCGGUCACCGCGUACCCGCCCUACGCCACGGCGGGCAUGGCCGGCGCAGGUGCGCAUGGCAGCAACUACGUUCAACUGCUCCAUCAUCACGACAGCCACGAGGACAACUUCCAGCUAGACGGCCUGCUCACAGAACACGACGUCGGCCUCUCGGCGGGCGCCGCCUCGCUGGGCCACCUUGCCGCGGCGGCGAGGGCCACCAAACAGUUCCUCGCCCCGUCGUCCUCAACCCCGUUCAACUGGCUCGAGGCGUCAACCGGUGGCAGCAUCCUCCCACAGGCAAGGAAUUUCCCUGGGUUUAACAGGAGCAGAAACGUCGGCAGUAUGUCGCUGUCAUCCACGGCCGACGACAUGGCUGGCGCGGUGGACGUCAGCGACGGAGGCAAUGCGGUGAACGCCAUGUAUCUCCCCGUGCAAGACGGGACCUACCAUCAGCAUGUCAUCCUCGGAGCUCCGCUGGCGCCAGAGGCCAUCGCGGGCGCCGCCACCUCUGGUUUCCAGCAUCACGUCCAAAUAUCCGGCGUGAACUGGAAUCCCUGAACGAAUGACACCAACGCCACAUAUGCGCAUGCACACAUUGCUAGCUAGCCGGCCAGUAGUUGUUGCAGUUAGUGGUAGUCGCAUUCAGUGAGCACUGAGUAGUUGCAUGCACAUCACCCAUUGCAUGGAUAUAUAUGGCUGCAUUGCACCCACAGGCACGUACGUGUGCCAACUUGCUAGCCAUAUACAUAUAUAGCUAGGAAUAUGUUCGAACUAAAAGAAAAAUCAGAACCUAGUAGUAUGAUAUUAGCUUCAUAUGCAUAUAUAUUGUAGCAUAUAUAGUAAAUAUAUAUGCAGCUGAUGAGAAUUAAUCCCCAGUCAGAUAUAAUUUCUGGCUGGGUCUCUAUUCAUCGUGUAUAUACAGAGCUAGCUAGGCGUGUAUGUAAAUAAGCAAUGCAUGGUAAUUGCAUGCACGCGUAUGAUGAUUGAUCUAGAUGGACGUACAUUGUAUAACCUUUUUUUUUGCGACCUAGUAUUUCGCAGUGGUUUAGUUAUUGUAUGUAUGAUAAUGGCCAUUGUGGGCCAACCUUUUAUAUAUAGAUUGUAAUUUAUAUAUAAAUAUGUUUGAAAAUA